AUGCGAUGGUCAUUGAUUGCAGUGGUCCUAUUCACGGGGCAUCCACUUGAGCUGAGUGUUCAUGCCGUGGACGAGCCCUGCAAUGGAACGGGUGUUUUCCUCAAUGGACUUGAACUGCUUCACAAAUGGAAUGAGGGCAUUGGUCAUGGCUCUGGGGCAAUACCUCCAUUUCCCAAAGCUGUAAAUGGAACAUUGCUUUUAGCAGAUUGGCGGAGUGUUUGCAAAUCCGCUGCUGCUGGCUCACCGGAAGUAUCACGAACCCAAGACCUGGCUGUGCAGCUCCAGUUUGUUGGCGAUGGUGGUGAUCAAGUCAAUGUCGGCUUUACUGCGUCAUUUACACAGGUGAACAGGCCUCGGAUCUUCCGAAUUUGUCCUCUCCGUCGCGGUAUGCCAUUGAGCGAAUUAUUUGAGGAUGACCGUGCAGGCGCGGGAACUCUUGAGCUCCUCAGCAUUGACAGUGGUACGGAUGUCAGAGAGAGCCACGCAUCAGGAGUGGAUUGGAACGACUGGAGAAAGCUAGGCUGUAGGCUCAAGGACUCCAUCUUCGGACUUCUCGGCCUCAAUGGUUGUUCCGGAGGUUCAUCAAAAUCCCUCCCUUCGUCUUCUUUGAAUUCCCUGAAGCAGGAAUGUUACCAAACAGAUGAUUCCCCUACGCACUCAGAACCCAACUUAGACUCACUCCCCUCUGGCGAACCAACGCAUUCCACAGAAGGUCCACAAUUGCUAGAAAUUGUGCAGGAGGGACUGGACGGUUUUCUUACAGCUGGGCCUCUCAACGGUAUCCGCGAGACAGCCGAUGAUGAGGACAUAGAUUUCCCAUCCGAACCCGAGCUCAAGGCCUUACUCCAAACCGGCACUGUAGCUAUUCUCCUUGGCACCUUGAUACUCCUCACUUUCAUGGUCUGUCGCAAUACCACCUACUGCCGGCGGAAACAGGCCGACAGAGCCGCGCGUCGCGAGGAGAGACGAGCCCGCAGAGCCUACAAGUCCGCAGCCCAGCGCCUCAAAUGGAGACAAUGGUGGGAAGGCUGGGGAUCGGGCCGUCAGACACCCACGCACGUGAAUCAUGAUCUUUCUGUGCUUGCGCAACCAGGGCAGGACCCCGAUUGCGGGACAGAAGCCGACCUGGGCCAGGAACCACAUGCUAUACGUAAUGAAUUACUGGAUUUCCGGCAGACUUUGUUGUACGUUGGACAGCUUGUCCGAAAACCCAAGGAAGAUCUGGAAGGUGCUUCUUCGACUCACAGCGAUAGAGAUCGUGAGAUAGCUCAGAGGUAUACGAGAAGGAAAAAGCACCCGGCACCACCGUCGACAGCUGGGAUUUCGACGGUCAUCUCUCUGGAUACUAAUAGUUUGCUGAGCUUUGACACGACUUCAUCAGUGACGCUGGAUACAUUGGAGACGCUGGAGACCGCUCCGCCGAGCUACCGUCCGUGA